CGCAUGCCGGUUCCUCUCUCUCUCUCUCUCUCUCUCUCUCUCCCCCUCUCUACGCAUGUCGGUCCUUUUUAUUGAGAUGCUAGCCAAACACACUCUUCCCUCACUCAACUCUACCACCUUCUCUCUCUACAUUUUCCUUCUCUCUCCCUCCCGCUCAUCCAUCAUCAUCCUUUUCUAUAACUCUUCUGAUCCACGGCUAAACCUGUGCUUUUUAUACCUUUUUUUUUUAAAUUUUUUUUAUUUUUAGUUUUGUUUAUGACAUCUCUUUCUUCAAUGCAAACUUCUGUUUUACUCCAAAGUUCCUUGCAAUCUUGCUCUGUUUUUCUCUCUCCACAAUCUUGCUCUGUUCCUCUCUUUCUCUUUCCAUAUCUCUGUUCUUUUCAAGAUAUGAUUAGGGUUUUUAUAUAGCCUUCAAAACCCAGUGCUAGAAAAGAACAUCUUCUGUUGGUGGUUCUGUUUCAGGAAGCCUGUAUAGAGCUCAUGGAUCUGAGCCAAAAGGAAUCUGGGUCUGAAGAAGUGAAUGAGAUCAAGAAAUGUUGUUCUGAUUGCAAAACCACAAAGACUCCCCUGUGGAGGGGUGGUCCAGCUGGACCCAAGUCACUGUGUAAUGCUUGUGGGAUUAGAUAUAGAAAGAAGAGGAAUGCUAUGGUGGUUUUGAACAGAGGACCAGAGAAGAGGAAAGAGACACCAGCCAGUGGUGGUGGUGGUGGUGGUGGUGGUGGUGGUAAGGGUGGUAAUUUGAGUGAGGAUUUAGGGCAAGAUUGAUGGCGUUAGGGAAGGAAAUGGUGAUGAUGCAGAGACAGAGGUCUCCAAUGAAGAGGCAGAGGACUAGUAGGAAGUUGGGAGAGGAAGAGCAAGCUGCUGUUCUUUUGAUGGCUUUGUCUUGUGGCUCUGUUUUUGCUUAGAUAGAAGAGAAAGGAAACUGAAGAAGAAAAAAAGGACAGAUAGAUACAACCUUCAAUUUUCUUUUCUUUUCUUUUCUUUUCAUGGAAAAAAUCAAAUACCCUUUGUUGAUGUUUUCUAUGGGGUUUUGUGUUGGAAUGGUGGUGGAAAUCUUUUAGUUUUUUUAGGUAAUACAGGUAGUGGGGGUUUAUAUUUAUGAUGUACAUGUUAUUAUGUUGUAAUGAAUUAUGAAUUUAAGUUUGACUUUGCAAAAUGCAAUGUGUGCUAAUUUGGUGUUUA